AACACCGUCACUUCCUCCUGUAUCCUCUGGCCCCAACUGCAUUCCUCCCCACCUUCAGCACACUGAAACAAAAUGCCCAAUCCCAAAACCAUCCUCAUCACCGGCUGUUCCGCCCACGGCAUUGGCGCAGCCUUAGCCCUCACUCUCGCCCGCCAGGGCCAUUUCAUCUUCGCCACAGCCCGCAAUACCAGCAAAAUACCAGAGCGACUGAGCGCCUUGGAGAACGUUCAGGUCCUGCCCCUGGAUGUGACAGACCCUGCCUCCAUCGCUGGCGCCGUGAGCUCGGUGAGAGACCAUGGUCGGGGGCUGGAUAUUCUGGUCAACAAUGCCGGGACGGGGUACACCAUGCCUCUAUUGGAGGCGGACCUAGAUCGCGCCAAGGCAGUGUACGAAGCUAAUGUGUGGGGCUUGCUUGGGCUGAUUCAGGCAUGCAGUGAUCUGCUCGUUGCGGCCAAAGGGAGGAUUGUUAAUAUGAGCAGUGUGGGGGCGGUGGUUAAUACGCCUUGGAUUGGGAUCUAUUCCUCCUCCAAAGCCGCAGUCACCCAGCUCUCCGAAACGCUUCGUCUCGAACUCUCGCCCUUGGGCGUAAGCGUGCUCUGUAUCAUGGCGGGUACUAUCACCACCGAUUUCCAUGCAAAUGAGCCGGAAGUUGUCUUGCUGCCGACUUCCCGGUAUGCAGCUAUUCGACAAACCAUCUCCGAUUGGGCGACUGGACGUGCUGGCCCCCAAGGCUGUUCGGCGGAUGAGUUCGCUAAUUCUAUUGCUGGCGAUGUGCUGGGAAGUAGUAGUGCUAAUGGAGGUUUGGCGUGGAAGGGUCCGAAUAGUGCCGCUGUCAAGUUCAUGGCGAGGUGGUGCCCGGGGGGUCUGUUGGAUCGCAUGAUGAGUAAUGGACAGGGCUUAGAUGAGUUGGCGAAGGCUACGAACAAGAGCUGAAUGACAGUAUUGUAGCAAGUGAGAUUGUGUGAGGGAAAUUGUGUAAGAUCAAUCAAUAAUGGAAAUCAAGAACCAUCCUGUAGGCAAGAAUCUCCUUCCAUCACAUACGUACAAUCCACAUCACUGUGGAAUCUUGAAUCCUCCCGGCACCAUCCUCAGAAACACCCCCGUGGGAUCGACUUCCCGGCUGAUGCGCUGCAACCGCGAGACGCUCUCGGGUCCAUAACUUGCAAUCGGAUCUUGCCAUUUUGCCGCGUAGUUCAGAUAGACAAAUGGAUGAUAUGCGUUC